AUGGCAGGAAGCUGCAGUGAGUGGUCUGUGAUUCUUUUGACGCUGCUGUUGACCUUGCCGAAAAGAAACUGGAAGAACAAUCAUGCGCUGUCGGGUUGUUAUUUCGCAACCACCACGAAAGCACAAACACAAGUUAGACGCGCCAACGCCAACGCCACUACCUUCGGCGCCGGGAUUACAGAAUCUUGUCAUGACAAACGAAACCCUUGUGCCCAAGGCCUUAGUUGCAUUCGAGCUCCAUCGUUUUGGGGGUUGCUGGUACCGAGGCGAGUUUGUUUCCCAUUGGAUUGCCUGCUGGAUGCAGUUAACAACUUCAAUGACGCUGUCAAUGUGACAGAUUACAUUCAUGCGACCCUUCAAGGAGCACAGGUUACCCCAGAAGAGUUCUUCAUGCAGGAUCAACAGUUGUCAGCAUCUCGUGUCGCAAAGGAAAUGAGAACGUCUCCUUCAGUUCGUCGAGUCAUGGAUCAAAUAAGACAACAUCCCAUCCCGCAACCACAAUGGAAUAAAUAUGAGGGCGACGUUGCCGCCUGCGACCCACAAAGUAAGCUAUCUACACCCCGAAGAAACUCUUUUGGCGUUCUGCAAGGCCCUACAACCGAGGGAGUUACUGGCUUGGUUGGGUUUGGAGCCGGUGCAGGAGCGGGGUUGGGUGGAGGUGUGGAGUUUUUCUUUGGAUUUCCCAACGCAAACCCGUAUUUCUUUAUUGAUUUGGGAGGCGGACUCUUGUUUGGAGUUGACGCAGGAGUCUCUGGAUUCAUCGGUAUGGCGUUCACGGGUACUCCUAGUGAUAUCCCCGGUGUAGGGUUUGAACUUGAGCUUCAAAUUCCAACACCUGUUGUAGGUCCAGGCAUUGCGGUUGGCGUUGACCUCAACCCAGUAUGGGAUUUGUCCGUGACGCUUAGUGUUGGCGCUGGCAUUGGAGUAGGAGGUUUUAGUGCUGGCUAUACGUGGGGCUUCCCGGAAACGAGCACGGCAGACACAAACCAUACCACAGACACAAACAAUACAAGAUAA